UUUAUGAUGCUACGCGUGGUCGUCUGUUGCGUGGAAGACUUACAAUGAUAAAACUUACGGCUGAUCAGCUUAGGAAACAAAUAAUUAAUACAUCACGUAAACCAAUUUGGGUUGAUAUCGGUGGUGGAACUGGUUGGAAUAUUGAAAAGAUGAAUGAGUUCUUCCCAAUAGAACAAUUUGAAAAAGUCUAUCUUGUAGAUUUAUGUACACCAUUAUGUAAAAUAGCAGAAUCCAGAUUUAACGCUAAAGGAUGGAAUAAUGUUUAUGUAGUUUGUGAUGAUGCAGCUUCGUUUAAGCUGCCAAAAAUGGAAGACGAUAUUGGAAAAAUUGAUUUGGUGACAAUGUCUUAUUCUUUAUCAAUGAUUGAUGAUUUCUAUACAGUAAUCGAUCGUAUCAAAACACUACUAUGUCCAGAUGGCUUAUUCGGGAUAGCAGAUUUCUACGUAUCGGGCCGUGCUAUUAGUAGUAAUAUACGAGUUAAACAAGGAUAUUAUUGUAACUGGUUCACAAGAUGGUUUUGGCAAAUUUGGUUUGAAUUCGAUCAUAUCAACUUACACCCAUCUCGUCUCCAGAUCCCUUAUUAUAUUUGGCUAGGUACUAUCAAAACCUCGACUUCUAAUUCAUUCGAAGUUUCAGAACAUCUGGAUUAUAAUACUAUUCAUACUUUGACCAAAAAUAAAUCUAGGGUAGAGUUAUUAAUCGAUCUGGUCUGA